AUGUCCCUUACAAACAAGUCCCCUACAAACACUUCCUCCUACCAACACGUCCCCUACAAACACUUCCUCCUACAAAGACGUCUCCUACGAGACGUGACGUCGCCUAUAAAGAAGUUCCCCACAGAGAGGUCCCCUAUAAAGAGGUCCCCUAAAAACACGUCCUCCUACAAAGACGUCCCCUACAGAGACAUCCCCUAUAAAGACGUCCCCUGUAAAGACAUCCACCCCAGAGAGGUCUCCUACACAGACGUCCCCUAUAAAGACGUCCCACACAGAGAGAGGUCCCCUAAAAACACGUCCUCCUACAAAGACGUCCCCUACAGAGACAUCCCCUAUAAAGACGUCCCCUGUAAAGACAUCCACCCCAGAGAGGUCUCCUACAGAGACGUCCCCUAUAAAGACAUCCCACACAGAGAGGUCCCCUACAGAGACGUCCCCUAUAAAGUGUUCCCUUAUAAAGAGACAUCCACCCCAGAGAGGUCCCCUACAGAGACGUCCCCUAUAAAGUGUUCCCCUAUAAAGAGGUCCCCUAAAAACACGUCCUCCUACAAAGACGUCCCCUACAGAGACAUCCCCUAUAAAGACGUCCCCUGUAAAGACAUCCACCCCAGAGAGGUCCCCUACAGAGACGUCCCCCAAAGAGAGGUCCCCCACAAAGACGUUCCCUUCAGAGACGCCCCCUACAGAGAGGUCCCCCACAAAGACGUCCCCUACAGCGACGUCCCCUACAAAGACGUCCCCUUCAAACACGAUCCCUACAAAGAAGCCCCCUACAAAGAUGUCCCCUACAAGCACGUCCACUACAAGCAUGUCCCCUACAAACACGUCCCCCACAAACACGUCCCCCACAAACACGUCCCCUACAAACAUACGUCCUCUACAACAUACGUCCCCUACAAAUACGUCGCCUACAAAGACGUUCCCUUCAAACACGUCCCCUACAAACACGAUCCCUACAAAGAAGCCCCCUACGAAGACGUCCCAUACAAACGCGUCCCCUACAAACACGAUCCCUACAAAAAGCCCCCUACAAAGACGUCCCCUAAAAACAGGUCCCCCACAAACAUGUCCACCACAAAAACGACCCCUACAAAGAAGCCCCCUACAAAGAUGUCCCCUACAAGCACGUCCCCUACAAACGUCGUCUACAACACGUACCCUACAAACACGUCCCCUACAAACACGGCCCCCACAAAGACGUCCCCUAAAAAGACGUCCCCUACCAACACGUCCCCUACUAAGACGUCCUCUACAAACACGUCCCCUACAAAGACGUCCCCUACAAAGACGUCCCCUAAAAAGACGUCCCCUACAAAUACGUCUCCUAAAAAGACGUCCCAUAAAAAUACGUCCCCUACAAAGACGUUCCCUUCAAACGCGUCCCCUAAAAAGACAUCCCCUACAAACACGAUCCCUACAAAGAAGCCCCCUACGAAGACGUCCCCUACAAAUACGUCGCCUACAAAGACGUUCCCUUCAAACACGUCCCCUACAAACACGAUCCCUACAAAAACGUCCCCUACCAACACGUCCCCUACUAAGACGUCCUCUACAAACACGUCCCCUACAAAGACAUCCCCUACAAAGACGUCCCCUAAAAAGACGUCCCCUACAAAUACGUCUCCUAAAAAGACGUCCCCUAAAAAUACGUCCCCUACAAAGACGUUCCCUUCAAACGCGUCCCCUAAAAAGUCAUCCCCUACAAAAACGAUCCCUACAAAGAAGCCCCCUACGAAGACGUCCCCUACAAAUACGUCGCCUACAAAGACGUUCCCUACAAAAACGUCCCCUACCAACACGUCCCCUACUAAGACGUCCUCUACAAACACGUCCCCUACAAAGACAUCCCCUACAAAGACGUCCCCUAAAAAGACGUCCCCUACAAAUACGUCUCCUAAAAAGACGUCCCCUAAAAAUACGUCCCCUACAAAGACGUUCCCUUCAAACGCGUCCCCUAAAAAGACAUCCCCUACAAACACGAUCCCUACAAAGAAGCCCCCUACGAAGACGUCCCCUACAAAUACGUCGCCUACAAAGACGUUCCCUUCAAACACGUCCCCUACAAACACGAUCCCUACAAAAACGUCCCCUACCAACACGUCCCCUACUAAGACGUCCUCUACAAACACGUCCCCUACAAAGACAUCCCCUACAAAGACGUCCCCUAAAAAGACGUCCCCUACAAAUACGUCUCCUAAAAAGACGUCCCCUAAAAAUACGUCCCCUACAAAGACGUUCCCUUCAAACGCGUCCCCUAAAAAGUCAUCCCCUACAAACACGAUCCCUACAAAGAAGCCCCCUACGAAGACGUCCCCUACAAAUACGUCGCCUACAAAGACGUUCCCUUCAAACACGUCCCCUACAAACACGAUCCCUACAAAAACGUCCCCUACCAACACGUCCCCUACUAAGACGUCCUCUACAAACACGUCCCCUACAAAGACGUCCCCUACAAAGACGUCCCCUACAAAGACGUCCCCUAAAAACACGUCCCCUACUAAGACGUCCUCUACAAACACGUCCCCUACAAAGACAUCCUCUAAAAAUGCGUCCCCUACAAAGACGUUCCCUUCAAACGCGUCCCCUAAAAAGACAUCCCCUACAAACACGAUCCCUACAAAGAAGCCCCCUACGAAGACGUCCCCUACAGAGACAUCCCCUAUAAAGACGUCCCCUGUAAAGACAUCCACCCCAGAGAGGUCUCCUGCAGAGACGUCCCCUAUAAAGACGUCCCACACAGAGAGGUCCCCUACAGAGACGUCCCCCAAAGAGAGGUCCCCCACAAAGACGUCCCCUACAGAGACGCCCCCUACAGAGACGUCCCCUACAAGGAAGUCCCCUACAGAGAGGUCCCCUACAAAGAAGUCCCUCGCAGAGACGUCCCCUACAAAGAAGUCCCCUCACAGAGACGUCCCCUUCAAUGUAAUCUCCUACAGAGUGGUCCCCUACAAAGAAGUCCCUCACAGAGACGUCCCCUACAAAGAAGUCCCCUACAGAGACAUCCCCUUCAAUGUAAUCUCCUACAGAGAGGUCCCCUACAAAGAAGUCCCUCACAGAGACAUCCCCUACAAAGAAGUCCCCCACAGAGACAUAGUGUCCUACAGAGACUGUGCUAGCUGUUAGUAGGUAGGGCAUCACUCAGCAGACUUUGUAGGUCACGUCCAUCACUAAGCAGACUAUGUAGGUCACGUCUAUCACUAAGCAGACUUUGUAGGUCACGUCCAUCACUAAGCAGACUUUGUAGGUCACGUCCAUCCCUAAGCAGACUUUGUAGGUCACGUCCAUCACUAAGCAGACUUUGUAGGUCACGUCCAUCACUAAGCAGACUUUGUAGGUCACGUCCAUCACUAAGCAGACUUUGUAGGUCACGUCCAUCACUAAGCAGACUUUGUAGGUCACGUCCAUCACUAAGCAAACUUGAGUGGAAGAGGAUGAACUUUGACCUGCCUGCGGCGACUGGACUGUUUAUCUUUCGGCAGAAGAAAUGUUUUUUGCCUUGUGAUGGAAAAAAAUGACCUUUAGAAGAGAAAAUGACCUUGAGAAGAGAAAAUGCCUUUUUUAUGAUUUGAAAUAUUUACUUUGUAAAC